UUGAUCAUUUGUGAGAUAACUCCCAUCCCUUCCCAUUUCCUUUAUUCCAGUGCUAUAGCUUUCUGCUAGUUCCACAUAUAUCCUUUCUUUUGUGAGCUAACAAGAUGGCAACCAUCUCUAGUGGGAGUUGGGACUGCAACUUGGAGGACAAAGACUUGGAAAGGCUAGCGGUGGCGCCGGAGGUUGACGGCGCCCUUCUCAUGGAAUUGCUCGAGGAGUCAUAUGUCGACGAGGCCGAGGAUGACCGGCUGAAAUGCGUCAUGCGAUCUCUGGAAGCGGAGAUCAACCACGUUGAUCCGAUGGUGUUCGAUGAUGGUGAGUCCACCACUGGUCCUCGUGGCGAUAUCGAGGAUGGUGGAAUAUUGGAGGAUAUAUUAUCGGAUUUUGAUAGCUAUGGUGGUUCAAGAUCGCCAGCAUACUUUGUAGAGGAUCCUUUUGAUUUGGUAGACAUGGAGGUGGGUAACGGCAUGGAGACUUGGUGCAUGGAAGCAGGGGUGUGUGAAGGUGAUAUGGUUGGGUAUGGAGAGCCAAAAGAGUACGGUGGCUUUUACUAUGGGGAGGGCACCAUGGACCAAGUCUAUACUCCCUUGUGGCAGUGAGUUUGAUCUCUGUACUUAGGUGAACACAAACAUAAAAAGAUAAGAUUCACCGAUCAUAAUAAAUUCUCAAUUCUAUCAGGAAAUAGAUUGAUUUUUAUGUUAUUAAUCCACUCUCAAAGAGACUUCAUGCUUUCA